UGCUGUGUCCUCCAUCUUCUUCACUCCGCUCUACGCAAUUCAGCCGGUUCUGGAGUAGGGCAGAUCCGCGUAGAAACAUCAAGAUGCUGUCAGUUCGUGUCGCUGCGGCCCUUGCCCGCACUCUGCCAAGACGGGCCGGAUUUGUUUCCAAAAGUCUCCCUGUUGCAUGUGUAGGAGUCAAGCACCUCCACACCAGCAGACCAUGGCUGGUGAAGACAGGCACUGCGGAGGUGUCAUCCAUCCUGGAGGAGAAGAUAAUGGGGGCUGAAACCAGCAGCGACCUGGAGGAGACCGGCCGCGUGCUGUCCAUCGGUGACGGUAUUGCCAGGGUGUACGGUCUGAGGAACGUCCAGGCUGAGGAGAUGGUGGAGUUCUCCUCUGGACUCAAGGGCAUGUCUCUGAAUUUGGAGCCCGACAAUGUUGGUGUGGUGGUGUUUGGUAACGACAAGCUGAUCAAGGAGGGGGACAUCGUGAAGAGGACAGGAGCUAUUGUGGACGUGCCCGUGGGCGAGGAGCUGCUGGGCCGCGUGGUGGACGCUCUGGGAAACGCCAUCGAUGGCAAGGGUCCCCUGGGCUCCAGUAUCCGUAGGCGUGUGGGCCUGAAGGCCCCAGGCAUCAUCCCUCGUAUCUCUGUGAGGGAGCCCAUGCAGACUGGGAUCAAGGCCGUCGACAGCUUGGUGCCCAUUGGCCGUGGCCAGCGUGAGCUUAUCAUUGGUGACAGGCAGACUGGCAAAACCGCCAUUGCCAUCGACACCAUCAUCAACCAGAAGCGCUUCAACGAAGGCACAGAGGAGAAGAAGAAGCUGUACUGCAUCUACGUGGCCAUCGGCCAGAAGAGGUCCACCGUGGCCCAGCUGGUGAAGAGGCUGACUGACGCCGACGCCAUGAAGUACACCAUCGUGGUGUCGGCCACCGCCUCCGACGCCGCCCCCCUGCAGUACCUGGCCCCCUACUCUGGCUGCUCCAUGGGAGAGUUCUUCAGGGACAACGGCAAGCACGCCCUCAUCAUCUACGACGAUCUGUCCAAGCAGGCUGUGGCCUACCGUCAGAUGUCCCUGCUGCUGCGUCGCCCCCCCGGCCGCGAGGCCUACCCCGGAGACGUGUUCUACCUGCACUCCCGUCUGCUGGAGAGAGCGGCCAAGAUGAACGACAACUUUGGAGGCGGAUCCCUGACUGCUCUGCCCGUCAUCGAGACCCAGGCCGGUGAUGUGUCGGCCUACAUUCCAACCAACGUCAUCUCCAUCACAGACGGACAGAUCUUCCUGGAGACUGAGCUGUUCUACAAGGGUAUCCGUCCCGCCAUCAAUGUGGGUCUGUCUGUGUCCCGUGUCGGCUCCGCCGCCCAGACCAAAGCUAUGAAGCAGGUGGCUGGUACCAUGAAGCUGGAGUUGGCCCAGUACCGUGAGGUGGCUGCCUUCGCCCAGUUCGGCUCUGACCUGGACGCCGCCACCCAGCAGCUGCUGAACCGUGGAGUCCGUCUGACGGAGCUCCUGAAGCAGGGACAGUACUGCCCCAUGGCCAUUGAGGAGCAGGUGACGGUCAUCUACGCCGGUGUGAGGGGACACUUGGACAAAAUGGAGCCCAGCAAGAUCACAAAGUUCGAGAAGGCUUUCCUGCAGCAUGUUCUCAGCCAACACCAGGACCUCUUGGCAACAAUUAGGGCCGAUGGCUCAAUCUCACCGGACUCAGACGUCAAGCUGAAGCAGAUCGUCUUGACCUUCCUUUCAAGCUUCGAGUAAUUUUUGGUCCCCAAAAAUGUUUUGGCAAUGUUGCAUAGUGCGCCUCGGUUAAACUUUCUAUGAACUUCGGAAAUUCACGUGGCAUUUGAUCUUUAAUGUACAGAUAUCUCCUAACAGAAAAUAAAGUAUUCCUAAGCCAGGAGCCCUGGA